GAUGGCACGUUGGCGAAGUUGGCGAAUGGAUGCAUAUUGGAGGAGAGUAUUGGAGGAAAAUGAUGGAGACAAGCAGAAGCUCAAGGAUAUAGUUGUCAAGGAUGCUGAAGUGGUUGGGAUUCUGGCUGCGCUGGUGACGACAAUCACAGUGGCUGGCUUUCAACUUGCUGCACCACAUCUCGACAAAAGAUAUUGGCUUCGUAUGGUCUACGUCACCUGCAGCUUUCUGAGUUUUGUGUUCUCCCUCGUAUCAUUGAUGACGGCUUCAAGAGUGCUUCUGUCAAUCAACAAGUUGAAUCCCAGAAAUGUCCUGAGUUGCCUUGAAUCACUGAAUACAUGGGGUGCAGUUGAUGCUUUUUGGUGGUUCAACAGGAGCUUACAAUGUCUUCUGAUAUCUUCAGUCCUGUCAAUUUAUGUGCUGUUUGACAGCACAUGCUUUGCGAUUUGCUGCACUUGCGCGUUACUUCCACUUUGGAUGAUGUGGUACUUGCACAAGGCGCACACAGGUGUAGUAUGGUCACUGUUGAAAAUUCAAACCGACAGCGACGACAGCGAAGCAUGGGUGAAAGAAGUCUUUUGAGCUCAAUGAUAUCAAACAUGUUCCAAUCAAAUCAGAGAAGACUGACCUGAAGCAUGUAAGACGGUCUCGAGUAAGUCAUGGCAUGUAAUAGAUUGCUGUUCUCAAUAAUUCUACUGACGUUGGAAUGCUAUGGAGCACUAGUUCGUUUGUGGUCAAAGAGAGCCGCAGCUCCCUUUCUCACCUUCGUUCUGGAUCAGAUCCUUCAGACGAAGCUGGGUUCAGGUCGCGCCGCAACCACACUGGACCACAGUAAUGUUGGUAUUUGAGGAGAUUGAACUCCAACUCUGAAACUGGAAAAGGUCGCUAGAACCUCAUCUCCUGGUGCGGAUUCAUCGACGCAAUGUUUACAAUCAAGUCACUUCUGCUCCGCAAGGCCUGAGUAAAA